UCUGAAGAAGCCUCUCUCGGGCCCUUGCAAAGUCUGAUGACAGAGUUUUUCCAUGACUGUACAACCAAUGAAAGAAAACGUGAGAUAGAGGAACUUCUUGAUAACUUUGCUCAGCAAGUAGGAUCCUGGAGAUUCUGCCUGUAUUUUCUCUCCAGCAAUAGGAAUGACUGUGUAAUGAUGUACAGUUUAACAUUUUUUGAGAAUCUGAUCAAUAAAAUGCGGCUUGGGGUCCCAUCUCACGAUAAGAUGGAAAUCCGUAGCUGCCUGUCCAAACUCCUCUUGGCUCACCACAAAACCUUACCUUACUUCAUCUGGAACAAGCUCUGCAAAGUGAUUGUUGACAUUGGCCGUCAAGAUUGGCCCAUGUUCUACCAUGACUUUUUUACUAACAUUUUACAGUUGAUCCAGUCCCCUGUGACAACUCCCCUCGGGCUGAUCAUGUUGAAGACAACUUCAGAAGAGCUGGUUUGUCCCGCCGAGGACCUCAGAGUGGCUUGGAAGGAAGAGUGGCGAAAGCUGCUGCUGGACCAGGUGCAGACAGUGCUUGGGCUACUGACAGGUAUCUUGGAGACUGUCUGGGACAAACACAGCGUGACUGCCACCACCCCACCACCAUCUCCGACCUCAGGAGAAAGUGGUGACUUACUGAGUAACCUGUUGCAGAGUCCUAGUUCAGCCAAACUGUUGAAUCAGCCAAUCCCCAUCCUUGAUGAGGAGAGUGAGUAUAUCUGUUCCUUGGCCUUGGAGUGCCUGGCCCAUCUCUUCAGUUGGAUUCCUCUGUCUGCCAGCAUCAUCCUGUCCUUCCUUACCACCAUCUUCCACUUUGCCUGCUUUGGCUGUGACAUCCAGGCCAGAAAGGUGGCAGUGGUUAACGGCAGCAGCCAGAACUGUAUGUUGGGUCAGGAGUACAGCUGGCUUGGGGUCCUGGCCAUGUCCUGCAUCAAUGAACUCAUGUCCAUGAACUGUGUGCCUAUGGAGUUCGAGGAGUACUUACUGCAUACGUUCCAGCAGACUUUCUACCGUCUGCAGAAAAUCACCAAGGAUAACAAUGCCCACACGGUGAAGAGAAAGCUAGAAGAACUCGAUGAGUGCUACAUCGAGACGUUUACUGACCUUCUGCGGCUCUUUGUGAGUGUUCACCUAAGAAUCGAGUCCUACUCCCAGUUCCCCGUGGUGGAGUUUUUGACAGUUUUGUUCAAGUACACAUUUCAUCAGCCUACUCAUGAAGGUUACUUUUGUUUAGAUAUCUGGACGCUCUUUUUGGACUAUCUGACAAGGAAAACGAAAAGCCAUCUGGGAGACAGGGAAGCAGUUCUCAACAGGUACGAAGACACCCUAGUCCUCUGGCUCAUGGAGGUGUUGAAUCAAAUCCACUUCAGAUACAACCAGGCCCAGUUGGAGGAGUUGGAUGACAAAACUCUGGAUGACGAUCAGCAGACAGAGUGGCAGUGGUACUUACGGCAGAGCUUGGAGGUAGUGGCCAAAGUGAUGGAGCUCCUUCCCACACACGCCUUCUCAACACUGUUCCCAGUUCUUCAGGACAAUUUAGAAGUUUAUCUGGGGUUACAGCAGUUUAUAGUUACUUCAGGGUCAGAACACAGGUUGAACAUCACAGCAGAGAACGACUGCCAGUGGCUGCACUGUUCCCUGCGAGACCUGAGCUCCCUCCUGCAGGCUGUGGGCCACCUAGCCGAAUACUUCAUCGGGGACGUGUUCACAGUGCACUUCAGCGACACCCUCACGGUGGUGGAGAGGUUGGUCAAAGUCACUUUGUAUGGAUCUCAGAUAAAAUUGUACAACAUUGAGACUGCCGUGCCAUCAAUAUUGAAGCCUGAUCUCAUUGAUGUGCCUGCUUAGUCCCUGGCUGCUCUGCAGGUUUACUCUCAGUACUGGCUAGCCCAGUACUGCAACGAGGCUCAUCGGCAGAAUACGCAGCAGUUUGUUACGCUCAUCUCCCCCACCACGGAUACAGUCACACCUCUGGUCAGCACCAAGGUCUGAGACAAAUUGCUGCUAUCUGUGUGCCAUUUACUGGUCUCACUGGCCACCGCUGUGCGACCUGUCUUUCUGAUCAGCAUCCCUGCAGUACAGAAAGUAUUCAACGGAAGCACCGAUGCCUCUACCCAGCAGCUUGUUGACAAGGCUCAGCUAUUGGUGUGCCAAGCCCUCUCUAACAUCCUGUUGCUUCCAUGGCCAAACAUCCCAGAGAAUGAGCAGCAGUGGCCUGUGUGCUCCAUCAACCAUGCCAGCCUCAUCUCUGUGCGCUCUCGGGAUUAUUGCAACCUGAAGCCCAGUGCUGUCACCCCGCAGAGGAAGAUGCCCCUGGAUGACACCAAAGUGAUUAUCCACCAGACACUUAGUGUCUUAGAAGAUAUCAUGGAGAAUAUCUCUGGGGAAUCCACCAAGUCCCAACAGAUCUGCUACCAGUCCCUGCAGGAAUCUGUUCAAGUCUCCCUGGCCCUCUUUCCAGCUUUUAUCCAUCAGUCAGAUGUGUCUGAUGAGAUGCUGAGCUUCUUCCCCACUCUGCUUCAAGGCCUUAGAGUACAGAUGGGCGUGCCUUUCACUGCUGAUGUUGAAACUGAUCUGUAG